AUGACAUUGAAAACGGAGCCCAUGGAGAUGGAAGGCAAUGAGGACAUGUUUCGGAUGAGAUCCUUCACACGUAGUAUUAUACCUAAAUCUUUUGAUUUAACAGAUGACCAGAAGGCAAUGAGACUUCCCUCCCCUGAUGAACCAUUUAUUACUGGCAUCUUCCAUCGAGGUUCAGAACAAAUGGCUAACCAGUCUUACAAUAUGCUCCGGUCAGAUGUUUCGGCAAUGCAGCAAGGCCAUUAUUUUGGUGGAGAUCGGGUUAAAACUAGUCCAACGCCACCAGCACCAGAAAAUAAGGAUGAAGAAUAUCCCACGUACACCAUUGCCAGAAGUGAACUGGAACUCAAUUCCCGACUCCUGCCAAAGAAAUACAAAUGUAAAUUUUGUGUAUAUAAAACAAGUUAUAAAUCAGAUUUGAAUCGCCAUUUACGGCGCCAUGCUAAAAAGGACAAUAUCUAUAAUUGUGACGUUUGUAAUUUACCAUUUCGCAGCAUUAGCAAGGUUUACAGUCAUCGUCAACAAUGCCAUGGUGAAAGUAGCAUAGUCAAAGAAGAGUCACCAUUAGCUUGCACCAUGUGUAAUUUUAAAUGUGCAGAGAAAGAUAUUGAUUUGUUUCAAUUGCACAUACAGAAACACAUUGAAGAAAACACAUGUGAUAUUUGUAACAAGUCCUUUAAUAGUAAAGCAGCUGUAGAAAAGCACAAGAAAAUCUACCAUCAAGUCACCAAUGAAGUUGUCUUUCCAUCACAACCAAUAAGAUCUGUGGAUAUGUCUUAUAUCCCAGAAGCCAGUCGUAAUGCUAACUAUUCUGGUAUGAACAGCAGUAUGUUAGAUCUAGAUUCAGAUCAUUCUCCAGCUGGCGGCAGUUCUGCUUCCAACAGUUGUGAUGGCUCCACCAAUUCUACACCAGUACCUUUUAGACAAUAUUCAAAGGGGAUGAAUAUAAGAAGCAUUCUACAAAGGCGUGAAAAGCAAAAUGGAGAUGACAGCAGGAUGAAAGAUGUCAACAGAUCUCCAUCAAAGGCAAACAAUGACUUUUCUGACAAGUCUGCCCAGUUGUCCAAGAAUUUAUAUGACUUGAAAAAUCCACAGAAAGAAAGAGAAAAUAUUCCUGAAAUUUCAAGCGCUGAAAAUGGUAAUGAAUGCAGAUCUUACAAAUGUGGAAAAUGUGCCAGUAUCUUUUUAGAUGUGCGUGAUUUAUUCAUUCACAUGUCCGUCUGCCUUCAAGAAGAGGUUUCUGUCAAAACAGCUAACUUCAAUUGUCCAAUUUGUAGCUUCACCUCUGAAGAGUUGAACUUGUUUACUAGUCACAUGAUACGUCACACAGUAGAUAAAUUUUCCUGUGAUUUAUGCAACAGACCAUUCUCCAAUUUCAGAAAUGUUUUGAGUCACAAAAGAAAGGUCCACAAAGUAGAUCUUCGAUGCAAGAGAUCACCUACAAAGAUAAAGUUUAUUGGUCAAAAUAAAUCCAGUCCUAAAUCACUAAGUGCCAAAUCAAACAAUCCACCUUAUUCUAAAGAAACUAUUGGAGAUAUUUCCAAUAUGGCUGAUGAAGAGUCAAAGAAAGAAACCAUGGAAACAGACACAGAACUAAAGCUAAAAAGACCGUCUGCUUCAGUUGAAAGCCAAACAUCUAGUCAAGGGCAGUUAACUCUGGGCUCUAUUGGUGGCGAUGUGAAGGAUACCCUAACAUCAGGUCGCUAUGCAAAAUUAAUAUCUGAUUUUGAUGAUUUUACUUUGAAACCAUUUGCUUGCUCUCUAUGUUUUUACCGUACUGAAGAUCUGAUAGAUUUAAAAUCACAUGUAGAAAAUCAUGUUGGAAACAAAAGUCAUCCAAAUUUUGUUAAACUUAAUUUUGAAUCUCUGUCUGAGGUAGAUUCUAUAAUAAAGACCAAAGAUUAUGUAUAUGAUAUAGCAAUGUCCUCUGAUUCUAAUUGCAAUCAAAAUCCAGUAAACUUCACUUUCAAUGAUACAAUUAAUGGGGCUACUGUCAUUUAUCCAAAAGAAUCUCAAAAUCACACCAAACAAAUAAGAUAUCUUGAAAAACUACUGAAAAAAACCCAAUCUAAAUCAAAGAAUAAUUUUCUUUCCAGAACUAGAAAACACCAAGCUUUGCCUAAUAUCAGAUCUUUCCCAUGUAAAAUCUGUAAAAAGGAAUUCAGCAUGCAUAUUUUAGCAAAACGACAUUUGGUUAGAAUUCACAAUGUUACAAAAUAA